AUGCAUCAAUCUUUUCUCUUCCUAUUCUUUUUGUUAACCGCCACAAUCUCAGUGAUCGAUGCAGUUCCCCACCGACUUCGCAGAGGAACUACAGUCUUUACUCAAUGUCCUUACGAAAAUCCUCCGCCAGUACUCGAAGUCGCAAUAACACCCGAUCCUAUUGCGCCAGGUCGACCGUUUUACUUUGCUGUUAACGGGACCACGGUAGCCGAUAUUGAUGCAUCCGACGACGUGCAAAUUGGCGUUCUUUUCGGUACGGACCCCAAAGCACGUCCGUUAACCACACCUUUUACUACCGCUUUUUGUAAUGUAGAUGGAAAUAUAGCUUGUCCACUUAAGGCUGGUACCUCUUACAGCCGAACAGGGUUGUCAGUCCCGACUCCGCAAACAUUGCCCCCCUCUUUUCAACUGUUUGUUACAAUAGUCAAUGUGCGGACAAAGUUCGUACAUGGUUGUGCACUGGCAAACGUUGAAACACAACUACUAGCAGAUGGCGUACUCAUUGAAAGAUUCUAG